CCGGUAGCUACUAGCUAGCUACAAGCAGAAGGCAUGACGAGGUAGGUGGUUAUGUUCACGUUAACGGCUUUUAGAAAAUAUCGAAAUUGUAUUGUGCAGUGUUUGCAAGUGUCGCUUCUCAGAUCUCAUUUAAGUAUUAAUAAAAAGAUGCCGUUUUUUCGCUAUCCUGAUGUGCGAAGAGAUAACCGGGUCAUAGAUGUAUAUCAUGGGAUACCGGUAGCCGACCCAUACCGUUGGCUUGAAAAUCCCGACUCCGAAGAAACUAGAGAAUUUAUAGAGAAACAGAAUGCGAUGACCACUCCAUAUAUUGACAGUUGCGAGUUUAAGCAGUCGAUCAUAGAAUGUUUGACAAGUGUGUGGAAUUAUCCGAAAGUGUCGUCGCCUCAACUACAUGGUACAAAGUACUAUCAGUUGAAGAACAGCGGUUUGCAAAACCAGAGCGUUAUGUACAAGUUUGAGCAGCUAAAUGGUCGAGGCCAAAUAUUCCUAGAUCCCAACACAUUCUCCGAAGACGGGACGGUGGCAAUGGUUGCCUAUAUGUUUUCGUUAGAUGGAAAAACCUUGGCAUAUGGUGUUAGUACUAGCGGUCAAUUACUAUUAAAGCUAAACGCAUAUCUAGACCAAACAGGAAAGACUGACGGUUCCGAAACCGAAACAAGUACAAACCAAAAGCUUUAUUGUCAUAAAUUAGGAACUCCGCAAUCGGAAGAUGUCGUUAUUGUAGAAUUCGAUGAUCCGGAGAUACGAUGUCAAACAACCAUUAGCGACUGCAGAGAGUAUCUGGUGCUAACCCCCGUCAAAGGUUGUAAAAAUAACUUGUUAAGUUUUUGCCAUUUAAAGGAUGUAACUACUAUUACGGGAAAAUUACCCGUUACACCUAUUGUAACAGAGUUUAAAAGCGAUUUUGAGUUUGUCGCAAAUAACGGAAGUAAAUUUAUUUUUUUGACUAACCACAAUGCGCCCAAUUACCAACUAAUUGAGAUUGACUUCAAUAAUUAUGCGGAAGAAAACUGGAAAGUGGUGAUACCAGAACAUUCUAGGGACGUUUUAGAUUGGGCAAAGCCUAUUAACGGUUAUUUUAUAGUAACUUGUUAUAUACGGGACGUCAAGGAUACUCUUUCAUUGUACUCAAUGGAUAAUUACCAAAAAGUACUCGAGUUUCCACUUCCUCAUGGAAGUGUGAGUGGAUUUUCCGGCAAACGUGAUGACAGCAGGAUGUUUUUCGGAUUCACGUCAUUCCUCAUACCAUAUGACAUCUAUACAGUUGAUUUUACUGAAGAGCCACUAAAUUUAGUUAAAUGGCAUCAAACUGUAUUGCCCAACUUUAACCCAGAUAAUUAUAUCUGUAAACAGGUAUUUUACUCUGCUAUAGAUGGAACACAAAUCCCCAUGUCUAUCGUGCACAAAAAGAAUUUAGUGAUGGAGGGAGAGAACCCGUGCCUUUUGUAUGGUUAUGGAGGGUUUAACGUUACCAUUGGCCCAAGCUUUUCUGUGUCCAGACUGGUUUUCAUGGAUAAAUUCAAUGGGAUUUUCGCUGUUGCCAACAUUCGUGGAGGCGGUGAAUAUGGAGAAAAAUGGCAUAACGCGGGCCGCUUUAAGAAUAAGCAACUCGUGUUUGAUGAUUUUCAACGAGCGGCAUGGUACCUGAUAGACAAGGACUACACUUGCUCCGAGAAAUUAACUAUUCAGGGGGCAUCAAAUGGUGGUUUGCUGGUAGCUGCCUGCAUCAAUCAGCAACCUUAUUUGUACGGAUGUGCUUUAUGUUUAGUGGGGGUGUUAGACAUGUUGCGCUACCAUAAAUUUACCAUUGGAUACGCAUGGAAGUCAGACUAUGGAUGUUCCGAUGACGCUGGCCAAUUUGAUUAUUUGUUUAAAUACUCCCCACUACACAAUAUUAAGCGACCGACAGAGAAAGGAAUAGUGGAAUAUCCUGCCACCUUGCUGCUAACUGGUGACCAUGACGAUAGAGUAGUCCCCUUGCAUUCAUAUAAGUUUAUUGCGGAACUACAAUAUAAGGUUGGCCAAUCAUAUGAUCAGACGAAACCGUUACUCAUACGUAUUGAUACGAACUCUGGGCAUGGUGCUGGAAAACCAACAUCUAAGCUGAUCGAGGAGCAGGCAGAGAUGUUGUGUUUCAUGCAAAAAUCUUUAAAUUUACAGUAUUUCGAUUAAAAUUUUGUAAAAUUUGUGUUUAUACGUUGAUUGUUUAAAUGUGUUAAUAUUUCUACCAAAUUGUAAUACAAUGCGCCUAUGUUAAUGUGAAAAUCAAAGUUAAAUUUCUUAAUAAAUUUUCUACACCAUUUGUUCAUAAGCA